UCAUUCCUCCCCUUUCUCUCUUCCUCUUCCUUCAUUAUUACUUCUUCUUCUCCAUUUAAAUUUCUUAUUUUCCUCUUAAAAUCACACAUUUAAUGAGUUUCUUUGUAGAGGACUCGUGUCUGGUAGUCACGCAUCUUAUUUACCAGACUGCUGUUAUUUUAGCAAUCGUCAGAUGGGCUUUAUCUUGGGCUCUCAGGUCCCGAAACUCAGCCCAUUCAUCCUCUCCUAGCAGCACUGAUUCUCUACGCCAGUCUCAUCAUCUCCCUUCUUCACAGCAAAUUAGAGACGGUCUGAUUUUAACCACUUUCGGCGACAUCAAUGGUAGGAUCUCAGGAGCUUCUGACACGUGUGCUGUUUGUCUAGGCAAAUUGAACGAACAUGAUCAAGUCAGAGAAUUAAGGAACUGCUGCCACGUGUUUCAUAGAGAAUGCAUUGAUAGAUGGGUUGAUCAUGAUCAAGAUCAUGAUCAUGAUGAUAAUCAUAAAACUUGUCCAUUGUGUAGAGCUCCUCUGUUGACUACUACACAGAGUAUGGUUUGGGCCAAGUCUGAGCCCAGUUGGGCAGUGGAGAAUAUUCUUUAUCUUUUUGGUGAUGAUUUGUUUAUUCAACACUGAAAUUAAAUAAUUGUUGUUGAAUUAUUUAGUGGAUUAGAGACUAAUGGCAGGCAUUUAGAUCAAUUUUGGAUGUAAUUAAAUUUGUAUAUAUAUAAGUAUGUGUAUUUUACUAA